UUGAGGGGUGCUGAUUAACACUAACGAACACUAACGAAGGCGGUGGACAUCAUUUCAUUUAUCAUUCGGGAUUCUGAGACAGUUUCAUAGUUUUAUAUCUUUUAUUACUCCGAAUCGAUGCUAUAAUUAAGUUUUGGCGUCGCGAUUAAUAUUCGAAACGGAAGACGGAGGAUUUUAGAUAACAGGCUUGUUGUCUGACACCUAGGUAUCCUUGUGAAGUAGUUUCUUACACAAAAGACUUUGCACACUACCCCGGGAGCAAGGAAGUGUAUUUAUCCUGGGUGUUCGUCGAGUGACCAUUCUGUAGUGAAUCGGUUGAACAAAUUACAGAAAGAUCCCAAACGAUUGUGGUAUACUCGCAGUAGUAUCCAAUCGGUAAGAUAAUACUUAACGCAUCCCGUUGUUAAAACGACUAAGCUCCACGGAGUUGCAGGACUAUAUGGGAUUCAACAUUCGCGAUCUGGAUAUGAAUCAAGUUAGAGAAGAGCUAGCUGAAAAGUUGGGCCUAGAAUACAAAGACGAUGCACACAAUUUGCUGAACAAUAUGGUCGACGUAAGAGCGUGCUAUAAACCCAACGAAAGAGUAAGAGCAUAUUAUCACUUGCGACUUGAAUUUACACGUAGUUUGUAUAUUUUAUGUCAUUGGACUUUUGAUUUAUCCCGACUCCCAUAUAUCGACCUUAAAGUUUUCAACCGGUUGGGUUAUACGAAUAACUCGCCGUUUGAAGACAUUUUUAAAGUAGUACAUUCGAUCGCGCGUACCGCGACGUUUCAUCUUGCAUCAAGCGUAUUUCCUCCGAUCGAUUUAAUUUCCUUGCUUAAGUAUUCCUUGCAGAAAUCAGCUUCUCGUCAGCCUAUGUUCCUGCAUGAUUUAUUGUGCUUACACCUGUUUCGUAAAAAUUGUAUUUAAUGGAUUACGCGAGCCAUCGGGCAAUUUAAGAAAUCGAAAACCUUAAACGCUACAUUUUUGUGAACCUCUAAAACGGCGGUACAUCAAUGACCAAUCGUUUCAUUCUCGGAUGGAAGACUCGCGAUACAAGACGCAACACGAUUCGUCAUUUAUCCGUUAUUUCGAUCAAGUAGUCCAGCUAUCACGGAUAAAGACCAAAAUUAUCUCGAUACACCUUAAGGAUAACGAAAAGAUUUAAGCGUUAACGGCGCUCGACAAAAAUCUAUUUAAUUGCAAUCGUUAAACGUUAAAUCAACGAGAUCGCGCCUAAUACCGGGAGGAAAAGUAAGGGAAAUCGAGAGGUGCGAGAAAAAUGCCCGUUCGGUUUUUCUUCCUCCGGUCUCGGGUGCUCUCUUGGCACCGUGCCGCGGCGAUCCUUUCGAAUCGUGUUCCCGUAAGUCGCGAUCGUCGCAGAUUCUAAGGUCGUCGACGAUUAAUCCGACUCGGGAGAAAUCCUUGUUCGUUAGUCGUUUUCACACUUUCCUCUCGUUCCUCCAUUACGGAUUCCGCUCGAGUCUGGAAAGCAUAUCGCGAGUGCGCCUAGGCGUCGGUCAAGCCGGAAGCACUCGGGGUCGUUCCACCGUACUCGGGUGGGCAAGGAUGCGCGCACUCGGUGCGACGGUACGCUCGUUAAGCCGGGUAAUUAGGUUAGGUUCGCGGCCGCUACCGCUCCGGUAAAAACUUCUGUCCUCGAUUAUCGGGCUUAGCGCGCGAAUCAAUUUCUAGACGAGCGGAAAGAUACGGCAUCUGCUCGGGGUACGUUGGAUAUCGGAACGCGUCUUUCGAAAACGAUCGGCGUUAGGAGGUCUCGUCGUUCCCCCGACCGUUCCUUGGAUCGGCGCGGAUCGGCGCGCGCUCCAGUCAGCUCCGGCUCCUCGCCGCAUCCGUUCGCUCUCCUCUCGGCUAGAGGGUAAAUAGAAAGUGCGGAAUUUCCCGUGCCGUUCUCGCCCGCCGACGAAGACGAUCAGAGGAAACGGGGGAAAUUGACGUAAGACCGUAUCCGUAAAGGCCGCGAAGUCGGUUCCCAUGCGGGGAGUCCGGAGAGUCCGGAGAAUCCGGAGAGUCCGGAGAGUCGAGUAGUUGGUUGAGUUGCCGUUGCAUGGGCUGGCUUGCGCGAGUCUCGGGCCGAGUCGGAAUUGCACCCGAGGCGACGGCCGACCGCACCCUUUGGACAUGACCAACGACAAGCAGUCCUGGUUCCGCGGAGUUCGGAGCAGCAAGUUCCGCCACGUGUACGGCGUGCCGGCGAAGCGGGAGAAGUGCUACGACAACGUCAAGAUCACCAAGAACGCCCACGACUCGCAGUUCUGCGCCGUCAACCCCAAGUUCCUGGCGGUGGUGACGGAAGUCGCGGGCGGAGGCGCCUUUCUGGUCCUGCCUUUGGAUAACACGGGCAGGUUGGAUUUCAACGCCAGCAGAGUCACCGGGCACGCGGGUCCGGUCCUGGACAUCAAGUGGAACCCCUUCAACGACAACGUCAUUGCCUCCUGCUCGGACGAUUGCACGGUCAAGCUGUGGCACAUACCGGAUGGAGGCUUGUCGAGAAAUCUGACGGAAUGGCUGGUGGAGCUGCAGGGCCACAAACGACGCGUCGCCUAUGUGACGUGGCACCCGGUCGCCGAGAACGUUCUCUUCAGCGCCGGUUUCGACCAUCUCGUCAUCGUUUGGGACAUAAACCGCGGCGAGGCGGUCAGCGUGAUCGACAGACACCCCGACGUCAUCUACAGCAUGUCCCUCAACAGGGACGGAAGUUUGCUGGCGACGACCUGCAAGGACAAAAGGCUGCGCGUCUUCGAGCCGCGUUCGGGAAUAGUGGUAUCGGAGGGUGUAUGUCACGCCGGGACCAAGGCGAGCAAAGUCGUCUUCCUUGGCAAUUCCGGUCGCUUGCUGACCACCGGUUUCAGCAGACACUCGGACAGACAAUACGCGGUCUGGAGUCAACACGACUUGUCGGCGCCCCUGACGUGCGAGACGAUCGACUCCUCGAGUGGCGUUGUCUUUCCUUAUUACGACGACGACACCAAUAUGGUGUAUCUUGCCGGAAAGGGUGACGGAAACAUUAGAUACUACGAAGUAACCAACGAGGCCCCCUGGGUGCAUUAUCUCAGUCAAUUCAUUUCUGGGAAUCCUCAGAGGGGGUUAGGUGUCAUGCCAAAGAGGGGAGUCACUACUUCCGCCUGCGAGAUCUACAGGUUCUACAAGCUACACGCCACUCGCGGCAUGUGCGAGCCGAUUUCGAUGAUAGUGCCGAGAAAGAGCGACCAGUUCCAAGAGGACCUAUACCCCGACACCGUCGGGACCACUCCUGCUCUUUCGGCUAGGGAUUGGAUCAGCGGCAUCAACGGUCCGCCGAUCCUGAUCUCCCUCAAGACCGGUGGUAGCAUCACCACUCAUAAGCCACGUGUCUAUAAACCGACGCAAUUGCCACCUGCCACGGAUUUGAACAACAAAAAGAAGUUUGCCUUCCUGUCCACCGAGACCGUCCCGGACUACAGGCCCGUCCAGCUACACGACAUGUCGGAAAAGAGCCAGAAAACGUCAACCAACCAGAGUACUAAAUUCCACCAACUGCAGCAGAAAUUUGGGAACGUGGGUUUGCAGACAGCCAGAUGUAGCACCCAAUUCUAUGAGCUCGUUUGCAAGUUCGGAAGCUAUACCGAUUAUCGCAAGAACAACAUCGUAACCACGACAAUGUACGACAACAAAAUCCUGGAAACCGUGGACGUCCCUAACAACGAGGCGGAACUGAGAUUGGCUUUCGCAAGACAAACGGAAGAAUUGCGCUUGGUACGCCGGCAAUUGGCCAACAGCCAACUGCGCGUCAAGGAACUCGAGGAGCAAAUACGAAAACUUCAAAAUCAUUAAAUCUUAGCAUUUUUAUCGGGCUAAUCUUAUCGAAGUCUGGAGAUAAUAUCUAUCAACCGGAGCAAGAGACUCCAUCGGCUGCAGCACAAAUUUGAGAACGACAUUUGACAGGUGAAUGUCGCUACUAAAAUGUACAAGAAAGUACACGAACGCGUAAUUAAUGGCUAAAUAGCUUAAUUCUCGGGCGUUUUUUUUACCGAAGGAAAACAAUAUCGAACCCAUCAUGUGAACGUGAUUCUUUGUUUCGCUUUUCUUUCUUUCCUUUUUUUUUUAUGAUAAAAUUUAUCGAAUUCAUAUUAAACAGUACCUGCAUUAUCCGGCAGCCUGAACGACCUUAUCAAUAUAUUCAAUACACUCGCAAUUUUUAUGUGACCAUAAGUACCCCUAUCUUUGAAAUCGUUGCAAGGAGUCCUCCAAAGGUACAUAUAUAUAAAUACAUAAAAAUAUAUAUAUAACAUGUAGAUGGUAGGGUAUCGUUACAAGCUGUACAUUUAUAUAUUCAAAGCUUCAGGUUGCGUUAUGCUCGAAAGACCUAAAUUGCGGCCAAGUUUUACAAGAUUUCCUUAUGGUAGUUAAUACGGUUUUCUGUUAAAAAAAAAAAAAGAAGAAAAGAAAAGAAAGAAAAGUCGUCAAUGUGAUUAAUUUGUAUUAGAUGUUACUCCGAUGCCCUGAUCUUUUUUUCAUAUUGAUGUAAGACUCGUAUAUUACCUCGAAAGUAUUAACACAUUUUGCGCCGAUGGCGUAAAAGUACAAUUUUUUCAUGUCAUCGCUUAAUCAUGGGUGGCGCAAAUUUAUAAUUUUUUCAUAUCUUAUGCACAUCGCCAGCAGUUAAGCAAGUUUCGUAGAUGGCAGAUGGCAGAUUGUAAAAGACGCUCUGCAAGUGAGGUCACAUAGUCAGUGAUUUUAACGCAAAAAUUCAUCAUAUCAUGUAGAUUCGGUGAUUGUGGAAGUGUACGGUUUAGAGAGGAUGUAAUGAUCUAGACGAUUCUAGAAAAUACCACUAUCAUGCGAGAGAAAAAGUUAACUCCACCACCCCGAGACCUUGUGCGAUCGAUUUUGUAAUUCUCGCCACAUGAUUCAAGGAAUUUCUUCUAAUGCCGGUCGAGAUCACAAAACAUUUAUACGUAUUUUUACAUACCUCGUACAAAAAAUUAGAUCGGUAAAAGAGUAGAGCAUUGUAUUUCUAGUAACAGAGGAUCACGACUCGACACACUUAAUCGCGAGGAGGGUGAUUUGUCGUUCGAACCCGCGCGGACCUGGGGAUCUGUUGAAAAUAGUUUUAUAUAAAAUCAAUUUUGAUACAAUGUUUACAAAUGAUUGGGAUUUCGUUCGUUACAUAAUCAAAAUAUGAAUUGACCAAUUUUGCAAAUUAAAUUAAAUUAAUUCUGUCUGUUAAAUAAAUUCAAGGAAUUCGGAACUUAAUUCGAUAUUUUCGGAAUAAUCGGUUAUCAAUUAUCGUAACAUCUAUCUCGCACAGGUGUCUGCUAAUCUCUGUUGGAAAAACAAUAAACAUUGUCUUGCAAGAUAUUUUCCGUAGAUCUGUUUUGAAUGGGUACCCAGUCUGCGUGAAAAGAGCUCGUUUGGGUGAAAAAAACUCAAGAGCUACUAUUAAACUUAUUUAGCGUGCCUUUGUGAAACAAAAAACUGCCUUCGAUGUUUUUCCCACAAUGCCUGCAGUACCUAGUGCCUGUUUUCUUGGUAAUUCAAGAGAGCCCCGUAAACGAGACAAGUGUAUAAAAUGCAUGUAACGAGUUAAUGUAAAAAAGCCAGUUGACUCUCUUAUGUGACGAAGGGACUGAAUAGAAUUCGUCUAUCAUUUAUUUGCUGAUUUUAUUUUGUUUCAUCGGUCGGUUUUAAGGAUCUUUCCUUUCAGUCUUUUUUACAGAGCAGCGUCGUCAAGUUUAUCAGUUUUAAGUCGAGAAAACUUCAUUGGCCUUAGUUUAAUUUACAUUAAAGAGAGUAGAGAUUAGAUCAAAAGUGGUGUGCCAAAAAUUGGCUUCUCCUUAAAACUUUCAUUUUUUGAGGGAGAAGAGCCAAUAAGAGAAUUGGUCUGCAUCGAAGAGUAUUUUUAACCAUUGCUUUAAUGUUUGUAUGCCAAAGACAAAACUAUCACGGAAAGACGUGCACAAGUAUUUUACAGAUCAUGAAUUAGUUUCUCAUUAACUUAAGUCAUACACAUGGUAACAUAUAUAUAUAUGUGUGUGUUCUCAUACAUAUAUGAAAUAUUCGCUACUCAUAAUUAACAGUGAUGUCAAGCAUUUUCAACCAUAGCUUAUUCGAAUAAACCUAAGCAUUUACUCUACGUGGAAUUCUUUGCUUUAAUGCAGGAGAUUAUGAUCCGAGCGGUUCUCUUAUAACCUAUAACCCGUUAUGUCGACGGGGUAGAAAAAAUGUAUUAACAUUGACGAGUUUCUGCUCAAUGUCUGUAUCUUAUCCGAAGGACUAAAUUGGUAUGUACUAAAAUUGCAAUUACAUAAACGUAUCUUGCUUUGAGCGUUACAAAGAAAGUA